AUGGCACUCUUAUGCCCUAUAGCCGGACCAUUACCUGGUCUGGAAGACUUGACCCUAGGCAACGGAGUGACGAGGGUAGUGACAGUUCCUCUAUGCUACGUAGGUAGUGACAUAGUUCCUCUAUGCUACGUAGGUAGUGACAUAGUUCCUCUAUGCUACGUAGGUAGUGACAUAGGUCCUCUAUGCUACGUAGGUAGUGACAUAGUUCCUCUAUAUUACAUAGGUAGUGACAUAAUUCCUCUAUGCUACAUAGGUAGUGACAUAAUUCCUCUAUGCUAUGUAGGUAGUGACAUAAUUCCUCUAUGCUACAUAGGUAGUGACAUAGUUCCUUUAUGCUACGUAGGUAGUGACAUAGUUCCUCUAUGCUACGUAGGUAGUGACAUAGGUUUUCUAUGCUACGUAGGUAGUGACAUAGGUUUUCUAUGCUACGUAGGUAGUGACAUAGUUCCUCUAUGCUACGUAGGUAGUGACAUAGGUUUUCUAUGCUACGUAGGUAGUGACAUAGGUCUUCUAUGCUACGUAGGUAGUGACAUAGUUCCUCUAUGCUACGUAGGUAGUGACAUAGGUUUUCUAUGCUACGUAGGUAGUGACAUAGGUUUUCUAUGCUACGUAGGUAGUGACAGAGUUCUUCUAUGCUACGUAGGUAGUGACAUAGUUCCUCUAUGCUACGUAGGUAGUGACAUAGUUCCUCUAUGCUACGUAGGUAGUGACAUAGUUCCUCUAUGCUACGUAGGUAGUGACAUAGUUCCUCUAUGCUACGUAGGUAGUGACAUAGGUUUUCUAUGCUACGUAGGUAGUGACAUAGGUUUUCUAUGCUACGUAGGUAGUGACAUAGUUCCUCUAUGCUACGUAGGCAGUGACAUAGGUUUUCUAUGCUACGUAGGUAGUGACAUAGGUCUUCUAUGCUACGUAGGUAGUGACAUAGUUCCUCUAUGCUACGUAGGUAGUGACAUAGUUCCUCUAUGCUACGUAGGUAGUGACAUAGGUUUUCUAUGCUACGUAGGUAGUGACAUAGGUCUUCUAUGACUAAAGAGUCCAUCAUUGAAACCAAACCCUAGUCACGGCGUUACCUAGGUUCGGGUUUUCAAGACUAUCUACUAGCCAUACAAAGUAGGGGGGCUCUGGUCACAACAAUAAUAACAAUAUAUGCCAUUUAGCAGACAUUUUUUAUUUAUUUACCCAAAGCGACUUAGUCAUGUGUGCGUACAUUUUACAUAUGGGUGGUCCCGGGAAUGGAACUCAUUACCCUGGCAUUACAUGUCUCUACCGACCGAGCUACAAAAGACCUGUUACGGAGUAGGAAUAUUCUAGACAUAUCCUAUGGACUAGGGAAGCAUUUGGGACGCACAGUACCAGCCGAGGUGAGAUUACGACGGCUGGAUACCCAAGACUAUCUAUGGACCGGACUGUGUGUGUGUGUGUUUUAUUAUGAUUAAUAUUAAAAACAGUAUCUUGGUGGUUUUUAUGAAACAUUAUACGAGUGAUUUGUUUAUUAAUUAUGUUUGAAAUACUGAUUUACAAAUAAUACAUAAAACUACUUCAUUUAGUUUAUGAAUGGUUUAUGAAUGAAUUGUUUUAUUGUGUUGUGUUACCACUUACCGGACAGAGACACAGUAUAUAAACAUGUGAAUGCGAAACUAAAUCGUUUACACUUCAGUAAUGAAACAGACAUCGUAUAGGGAGGGGUUCAUUCAUCUGUUGUAUUGUUAUCAUAUUAUUGUUGUUGUUGUCCAAUAAAAACACAUUCUGACAGGA